AUGGCAGCUACUUCCAAACCAACUCUUACAAUCACGCACAUCACCACUGCGACUGCCAUUCUCAACAUCGAUGGUGUCAACUUCCUGACAGAUCCAUUUUUUGGGGCCACUGAUGGAACGGAAUACGACACGACGCCGGUCUGGGAACAGAUGGACCUAAAAGCCUUCGGCUUUGAUAGUAUUCCUCCACCACCUCACCUUGUCAACAAGCAAGGUCCAGCGCUUCAGCUCAAUGAACUACCGCCUAUUGAUGCUGUGCUUCUUAGUCAUGAGGAUCACCUUGACAAUUUGGACCCGGAAGGCCGUAAGCUGCUGGAUGGCCGGAAGGUGUUUACCACCGUGGACGGUGCCUCCAACUUGCGUCCUCGCCCGGGAGUCAUUGGCCUUCGCCCCUGGGAGACCGUGACGUCUUGCAUUGGAGGGAAAACGUACCGAAUCACUGGUACGCCUUGCAAGCACUUCCCUGUUGGAGAAGUUACGGGCUUCGUUCUAGAGACCGAUUCCUUCGGCCUGGAUUCGUCUGGCAAGCCUAAUGCAAUCUAUUUCUCUGGAGACACCGUUUAUAUUGAUGAACUACGAGAAAUUGGCAAAAGAUGGCAUAUUACCGCCGCCCUGCUCAACCUGGGCAAUGCCACUUUUGAAUUCCCAACCGGCCCAAUUCAGAUUACGAUGGAUGGGAAGCAAGCUAUUCAGCUUAUCCGUGAUAUCGGUGCAGAUGUCAUGAUUCCAAUCCACUUUGAAUCCUGGGCCCAUUUUACCGAGGACCGGUCAGGUUUGGUGAAGGUUUUCACGGAAGAGAAUUUCAUGGACAGAGUGUGCUGGACAACCCCGGGUGUUCCAAAGAUUGUUUUCUAA